AUGAUUAAUUAAGAAUAAGCUAAAAAGGGUAUUGAUAUUACAUGGAGAAAUGUCAAAUAUACAGCUCAUACAAAAAAUUCUCAUCGUGAAAUUCUCAAAGGAUUGUCAGGAAUUUGCAAGGCUGGAGAAAUGACUGCUAUUAUGGGUAGUUCAGGAGCUGGUAAAACUACCUUGCUAAACAUUUUAUGCUGCAGAGCUGAAAAUACAAACGAAGUUAAACUUUUAGGAGAUAUCACUGCCAAUGGAAAGUCAUACGAUGCUCGCUCUUUUUCUAAUUUUGCUGCAUAUGUUAUGUAAGAAGAUCUAAUUCUAGAAACAAUGACAGUAUUAGAAGCUCUUCAUUUUGCUGCUAACUUAAAAAUGACAGGGACUGAGCAAUAAAAGCAGGCUAAAGUCCAAGAAGUAUUAAAAAUUAUGCGCUUAGAAAAAUGUCAAAAUAGUCUUAUAGGUGGUAAUACCAUAAAAGGUAUCACCAAAGGAGAGAAAAAGCGCACAUCAAUUGCUUUCGAGCUAGUGAGUGACCCAGAUGUCAUCUUCUUAGAUGAGCCUACUAGUGGUCUAGAUUCUUUCACUGCAUAUAACGUUGUGGAUGUUUUGUAACAAUAUGCUAGGGAAUAAAACAAAACAAUUAUUUGCACUAUCCAUCAACCUUCCUCUGAAAUUUUUAUAAAGUUUGAUCGCUUGAUACUUUUAGUAGAUGGUUAAUUUAUUUAUCAAGGGCCUAGAGAUAAAGUUAUAGACUACUUUGGAUCUUUUGGUUUUUAAUGUCCCCAUCUAAGCAAUCCAGCUGAUUAUUUUAUAAGUAUUAUGCAUGCUGAGUCAGAAAAAAAUAGAAAAAGUUAUAAAGUUUACUUUGAAAAUUUUGAAAAGAAAUUGAGUGAUGAUAUUUCUAAAGAAAUUGAUUAACACGGAACUAAGUUAAUUCUUCAAAAAUCAGCACAAGCUUCAUUUCUAACUCAAGUUAGCAUUUUAAUAAAGCGUAAUUUUAAAAAUGUAUAAAGAAAUCCAAUGGAAUUUAGAGCUAAAAUUAUACAAUCAAUUAUUCUAGGUCUAUUUACAGGAUUAAUUUACCUUAAUCUUCCAGAUCCUGAAUCACAUAGAGAUGACUAGCGUGUUGUUAAUGAUUAUAAUGGUGCUAUAUUCUUUUUAAUUUAAAACACUCAUUAGAGUACUCUUUUUCAAAUGAUCGUUUCUAUUCCUUUAGAGAAAGGAGUCUAUUUGAAAGAAAAAAAUGCCAAAUUAUAUUCAGCAAAUGCAUAUUUUUUAGCUAAAAUGGCAAUUGAAAGCAUUGUUGCCUUAGUAUAGCCUAUAGUUUUUAUUUCAAUAAGCUAUUAUAUGAUUGGUUUAAAUGAAAAUUUUGGUCGCUUCUGCUUUUUCGUAUUAGUUAGUAUAAUUAAUAGUUUCAUCGGUCUAUCAUAAGGACUCUUUUGCGGUUCUUUCUUUAAUGAUCCAUCAACAGCAAUGAGUAUAACUCCUAUGAUGAUUCUUCCAUUUUUUUUAUUUUCUGGUUUUUAUAGAAAUGUUGCUGAUAUGCCAGAUUGGAAUGCUUGGUUUUAAUGGCUUUCUAAUUAUAGAUAUGCUUUCGAAGCCUUAAUUCGUAAUAAUUACACAGACAGUCCUUUUACUAUUGAUGUAAUAGGAUAAACUAAUUUAGAUCUAGGAAAAUGGAUGAGUGUUUUAAUGUUAGUAAUUUUAUUCUUAGCUUUUUCAACAUUUACACUCAUAGUACUAAAUACAAAAAAAUAAAGAUUAUAGUGA